CUGUGUUUAAGACAUCAGUGUUUUUUUUUUUUGUUUUUUCUAUUGGUUUUUCAUCUUGAGAUGGAUUCAUCCAUCACCCUCGAUUGUGUUGUGCUGUGUUGUGUGUUGUGUAUGUGACUGUUGAUUCUCUCCACCACAGACAGUCCAAAGAAAAAGUAGCUAUCAACCCUGUACUGUAAUGGUGUAUAUUUUAUUCUGGUUUUAAAUCUUGUACACAAAAUUAUUAUAGUUUAAUUGACAUUAAAAAAUGUUUAAAAUUUUUGACGGUUUGUACAUGUGUACAUUUACUUCUCGUAUCUCCACGUCCAAGAACUAGAUCUCUUCAGCAGCCAACAGACACAGAAUUUACAAGACCGGUUUUUGCUCCUUAUCUUAAGCUUCUGUAAAAGUUUUAUCUCGCCCUCACACAACAUUGUCACCUACCAUUUGCUGUAGUUUUUUUGGUUUUUCAAAUCUUGGGGUUGUUGAAAGUUUUGAACUUUCUUGAUUCAAUUGCAAGUAUGGUCUUGAAUGCAUACUUCUAAGAAAAGGAGGUCAUGCAUUAUUCUGGCUCCUACUGCUGCUUAUCUCUGCAUCCAAGACCUGGUGUCGGUUUAGACUUAGAAUUCCCGAUUCCGGAUUGUUGAAGUGUGAGGUGGAGACCCCUUCAAUCAUCUGGCAUUGCAUGUUCCGAAUUUGAGAAGCUUAAUAGGAUUUUGGUGAAGAAAUUUAGGAUCUGCAGUAAUUUGAAUGGGGCAUUCUGCAGCCGUAUGGGACUAUAGAGCAGCAACUGAAAUUACAAAGGACUGGAAUGGAAUUGAUCAAGUUCUGCUUCGGACCCCAAGGGGUUCUUCGGCACGGGUAAGCUUACAUGGGGCGCAGGUCACUUCAUGGCGGAAUGAGCAUGGGGAAGAACUUCUAUUCACAAGCAGCAAGGCAAUUUUCAAGGCUCCAAAAGCAAUCCGAGGAGGAAUUCCCAUGUGUUUUCCACAGUUUGGAAACUGUGGAUCGCUGGAGCAGCAUGGUUUUGCAAGAAAUAGAAUGUGGGCAAUUGAUGAAAACCCUCCUCCUCUUCCUGGAAAUGACUCCAGUGGGAAAUCCUUCAUUGACCUGGUGCUAAAAUCAUCUGAAGAAGAUAUGAAGUGCUGGCCACACAGUUUUGAAUUCCGUCUUCGGGUGGCUCUUGCAGCAGAUGGGGACCUGACUUUGAUAUCUAGAGUCAGGAAUAUAAAUGGCAAGCCAUUUAGUUUCUCAUUCGCGUAUCACACAUACUUAUUGGUUUCUGACAUUAGUGAGAUAAGGAUUGAAGGUCUGGAGACACUGGACUACCUAGACAACCUUUUCAAAAAAGAACGAUUUACAGAACAAGGAGAUGCAAUAACAUUUGAAUCUGAGGUGGAUCGAGUUUAUCUUAGCUCUCCAAACAUAAUUGCAGUGCUAGAUCAUGAGAAGAAGCGAACAUUUGUUAUAAGGAAGGAAGGUCUCCCUGAUGUUGCUGUGUGGAAUCCAUGGGAAAAGAAAUCAAAAUCCAUGGUAGAUUUUGGUGAUGAAGAGUACAAACAGAUGCUUUGUGUUGACGGCGCAGUGAUAGAGAAACCGGUGAGCUUGAAGCCGGGAGAGGAAUGGACUGGUCGGCUGCAGCUAUCGGUUGUGCCAUCAAGUUUUUGCAGUGACCGUCUUGGUCUUGACAGAAGUGGUCUUUGAGGAAUUGUACAAAAGGGGUCUGAGUUAAUGCUGCUACUACAUCCAGCAAUGUAGUAGCUUCUAGUUGUAGAAAUAGUGUUGUUUAGUAGGAGUGUCAGGUUUUAUGCUGUUGUGAUCUUAGGCUAGAAAUAGUGCUUUAGAGAGGCCUAUGUUUUUUGUGAGAAUGGCUUUCAAGUGUUACCAGGUCAUUAGUCAGUUGGUUCCUUCUGUUCUGCUAUGGAUGCUCCUUCUUUAAGCAUUAGAUUUGUUGAGUAGGUUCCAAGUUUAUUCUCUCCAUGGAUUUCAUGAUAUGUUCCACGGCAUGGAUAAUUUAUCUUUCGUGUUCCACUUUGCUUAUAUUGGAUGAUUACGGCUAUGAUCUGUCUCUUAUGACAGAUAACACGAGUGAUUAGUGGACAA